AUGGCCCCUAAUACUGCGGACAAAGGAAAGGCUGAGCGAGACCUUCUGGAAAAAUACAACAUCGUGUUUCGUGGUCCAUCAUACCCUCCGCCAAGCCAUCAUUCUCGCUCGAUCCAAAGAAUUACUGAACUUGGAUCUCGACGAUUCUUAACUUAUGGCAUCGAUGAACAUGACCAUAACUCGAGAUCAAAUCUGUGGCGAUUGGAAAUAAAAGCACGAGCUGAAAGUCUUGUUGAGGUUGCUUCGCGACUGAUUCAUAAUCAGCCAUCAGAAAUGAAAUGGAGGCUGGAUGUCGAGACUCAAGUCUACAAACGCUUUGACCUAAACAUAGAGUGUCCCGAAUCAAGUUGCAAGCGCCGCUGGUGGAGAUCCGAAAUUGAAGUAGUUCCAGAGGCACCUGGGCCCAUUAGUGCGUCAUUAGUGGAGCGGCGGCGAACGCGUACUGCUUGCCUUUGUGAUGCUGAAACUAGGCUGGUGAAUCUAAUUGGCUUGAAUAAAGUUAUCUCGAAUCGAGCUGAUGAGCUUCUGAUCUAUGCUGGCGAGGCACAAUUCGAACUCAAAAAACAAAAGCCCGACCGUGUGUUCGGUUUACUGCAGACAAAUCGAUUUGGAAGAAUCCUUAAAAGACUCAUUCAGAACGUCCAAGACACCGUGGAUGACAAAGUCGAGAUAACCCCUUUUAGGCAUGGAAAUGAACCUUUACUCUUUCCAUUCCUCAUCACCGAAGCGAAGACAGAACGCGGAGAUAGCUUUGAGGCAUCUGCGCGUCAGACUGCUUUUCCCAUUUGGGCUCUUUUAAACCUCCAGCAGGAACUACAAAAAGCAGCAAAGCUAACUCUAAGGGAGCAAGGCGGACCCCUUGUCUGGUUCUUCUCAAAUAGGGGCGAGCAGUGGCAGUUAUAUGGAUGUUACACCACUCCAGAGGACAAUGCCAUGCCAAUAUCUUAUGAAAUCCAUAGCCUAUGGUCAGGACGGGUCGAUUCAUUGGAUGGUGCCCUCCAGAUUCUACUCAUUGUUGAUUACAUCUUUGAUUGGGCACGAGACCUCUAUCGACCUGGAAUAUACCGCUUGCUCAAUAGUAUCUAUUUAAGUGACUGGGACGAUGCUAUGAGUAUGGAGACGGAUAGUGAGAUUCACUCCCUCGCCCAUAGAUCUUCGAGCCGGAGGGGCCAAUCGCCGACAGCAUUGUCACAGAAGCAGAAUAUUCAGAGUUCUGAGAAUCUCGACAGUCAUGGAUUUGACGACAUUGCUCCGCUUUUCGACUUAAGGUUGUGGAAGCGAACCGAUAUGAACGAGUGCUGUUUCAGACCCAUCGGCAUAAUUGAGAAUUCUUUCCAAUGUCUCUACAUUACUGGAGACAAUAUUUGGGAUAUUCUCCGGCCAUUCGGCCAAAAGAGGGACCUUGACAAAAACGGGCCACUAAGAAUAUAUGUUCGGCAAUCAUGGCAGGCUCUGUGUCAGCAUCCUGUCAGAAUGUCGGAGAAGGCCAUCAGCCUCAUGGAAGAAUAUUGGACUGGGAAGGACAGAUAUCCGUGGCCGGCAAUGCCCAAAAGCAAUGACAACUUUGCAACAAUUGGCUUCCACGCAUAUUUCUCCAAGGACUGGAGGCAGAUGAGAGUUCUCAGCUGCCUGAGUUUUGACGAGGCUGCUCUUGCGAUUUUAGAGCAGUCCACUAGGUACAGUAGGACAAGCCCGGGUCAACGUGCGUUAAAGCGAAGGAUCGACGACGCGCAACGGCUAAAUGAGCAAGAUAUCGAAGAGAUGGUCCAGUCUUUAAGAGCAGGUUCCGUGCUGGAGAAUUUUACCGAAGCUCUCGAGCGAAGAGCGCAAGUGUUAGAUAAGGGUCAAGCCCUGAACUCUCGCUUCGAAUUUGUACGCGCUUCGCAAAUUCGAGUACAGAGCAUUACCUCUAAGGCUUAUAAGAUGCAUUCGAGAGACAUUAUGGAGCCGACCGAGCCAUAUCUCCGCUUUUCGAGUGAGUUCCGCGCUCAAGAUUUCCAAGAGACUCCAGUACUACCUCAGCAUUUCAGCUCAGCCCUUCGAGACCAGCUCCAGCCGCGGCCAACCAAUUAUCUUCUACGCGAGAAUCUAAACAAAGAAUGCCCCAUAAUGACUUGCAGCAGUAAUUCCGACGGAGCAGGCGGUCAAAAUGUUAUUGACUUUUGCAUUUUUAUUACAGAGACAGCGCAGGAAGUUCCUGACGUAUCACGCCAACUAGAUAUUGUUGCUGCAACGAUCAAAGCCGGAAACUUCCUUGUUACAUAUAACGGAGCUUACAACUGCCCUCAAGACGAGACCCCGAGAAACUUGGACAAGGAGCCGUUUGCGAGGCAAGCCCUACUUCGAUGGUACAGACGUCUCCUGCAAGAACAUUUAAUUGCUGUUGGCACAGCUACGCCUAAACUCGAAUUUAUUUGCACGGAUCCAUUCAACGACCUCUCUUUGGCGAAUAUAGAUGAGCAUAUUCCUCGCCAGUUAAGCAACCAUGACAGAAAAGACAUACAGGAUAAUCACAAGUCCGGCAACAAGAGACCGAAAACUCAUCACGCCAAAGCUGGAAAAGCAGAAAAGAGGGCCGAAGAAAAUGGCCAAGGAAAGGCCGAAAAAAUUAUCCAAAGAGGGAUCGAAGAAAAGAUGGAAGAAGAGAUUGAAGAACGCGACGACGACUGUUAUAUUGUUGAACCUCCAGUAUCAAAACAGUUACGGGCUUUAAGUCAUCGGGCACAUAAUGUUGCAGAUUCGUCUCUGGGCACGGAGAUGAACUGUCCCGAACCUGCAGCCCAGCUUAAAACAGCGGCUGAGGCUGCUGAGGAUAAAAGGCUUCAAGAGUUCUGGAAGAAAUAUCCCCAGUUCCGUCCAGGCCCAGCGACGGCGAGGCGGGGGUAA